AUGGGCUCCGAAGAACAAAAGCCGACACCAGAGAAUGGUACUCUUUUCCAAGGAUUCGAAUGGAAUGUCCCAGACGACCACAAACACUGGAAACGGCUGGCCGAGCAGCUUCCCAAGCUGAAAGCCAUCGGUAUCGACAACAUCUGGCUACCCCCUGGCUGCAAAGCCGCCAAUCCCAAGGGCGUUGGCUAUGACAUCUACGAUCUAUACGACCUCGGCGAGUUUGAUCAGAAAGGCGCCAAAGGCACUAAAUGGGGUACCAAGGACGAGUUGCUCGAACUCACCAAGGUUGCUAAAGAGCAUGGCGUAGGCUUGUACUGGGAUGCUGUGCUGAACCAUAAAGCUGGUGCCGAUAGGACGGAGAAGUGUCGCGUUGUUGAAGUUGACCAAAACGACAGGACCAAGGAGACCUCUGACGCCUACGAGAUUGAGGGCUGGCUAGGCUUCGACUUUCCAGGCCGCGGUGAACAGUAUUCCAAGAUGAAAUACCACUGGGAGCAUUUCUCAGGCACAGACUGGGAUCAAGCCAACGAGAAGAAAGCCAUCUACAAAAUCCUUGGCGAUAACAAAGGCUGGUCUCAAUCUGUCGACGACGAGCAAGGCAAUGCUGAUUAUAUGAUGUUCGCCGACGUCGAUUACUCACACCCCGAGGUUCAAGAAGAUGUAAAGAACUGGGGUGUGUGGAUCACAAAAGAACUCGGUUUGAAGGGCUUCCGGUUGGACGCUGUCCAGCAUUUCAGCUCGAGAUUUACCAACGAGUGGAUCGAGAACUUGCGUGAACAGUGCGGAGACGAUAUCUUUGUGGUCGGUGAAUUCUGGUCAGGCGAUGUCAAAGAGAUGAGCGACUGGCUUGAAGGCAUGAACCACGAGUUCGCUCUUUACGACUCGCCUCUCUUGAACAACUUUGGGUCAAUCUCCACCACCGAGUCGGGAGACCUUAGAAAGGUCUAUGAUAACACACUCGUUCAAAUGCGACCCAUAGAUGCUGUUACAGUCGUAACAAACCACGAUACACAGCCAGGCCAAGUCAUGGAAACCAAGAUCGAGGGUUUCUUCAAGCCUCUCGCCUAUGCUCUCAUUCUGCUGAGGCAGGAGGGUUACCCGUGCCCUUUCUAUGGCGACCUCUACGGACUCUCUGAACCACACGAGACCCCCGCUUCAUGCGGCGGAAAGCUCGCCGAUCUUAUCCUCGCACGAAAGCUCUUCGCGUAUGGAAGUCAAGAAGAUUACUUCAACGAAGCCAACUGCAUCGGGUUUGUGCGUCGUGGAACAUGGGACAAGAAAGCGGGUCUAGCGUGUGUGAUGAGUAACGCAGGUCCUGGGGAGAUCAAGAUGGCUGUUGGCGAGAUGCAUGCUGGUGAGAAGUGGACUGACAUUCUUGGCUGGGAGGAAGGCGAGAUCGAGAUCGACAGCGAGGGGUACGGGCUGUUCAAGUGUCCCGGCACCAGCGUUGCGGUUUGGGUACGGAGCGAUGCUGAAGGACGGGACCGGUUUCCCACAAACUUCGAUGCGAAUGUAUACCACAAAGAAUAG